AUGAAUGCUGUCUUUCAGCCCUAUCAACAUCAUUUUUAUGCUCUCCUUGUGCACAAAGCAACGACUAACUUGAUUACUUUCUCUCAGACUGAAUCAAUCUGGUUGCGAAAACAGUUCUUAGGCCUUGCUUCAUGUGCUCUGUGUUCCGAAUGGGUGGAUGAUGUGUUUGCCGAGCCUCGACUACAGGCCAAACCUACCAAACGUCGCGUCUAUCUUGCCACGGAUGAACCGAAACUUUUCAAGGAAGCAUCAGAAUCCUAUCCGGAUUACGAAUUUAUCGGAGAUCCAGAAAGAGCCGAAACUGCCUCCGUUUUCAGACGUUCUCAGGCGGAUUCUGUGGCUGGUAUCGCGUUGGAUAUUCUCGCGCUGUCCAAAACCGACUUUCUUGUGUGCACAUUUUCCUCUCAGGUUUGUCGUGUUGCAUAUGAACUGAUGCAAGCACGCCACGGGGAUUUGGGUGAUGCGAGCGACCGUGUGCAAUCAUUGGACGACAUAUACUAUUUUGGGGGCCAACAACCAUCUCCCUUCGAGACCAUUAUCGCAGACGAGUCCAACCAGCUACAGCCUGGUGAUCGAGUCUCCAUGGCCGGGAAUCACUGGGAUGGUUAUGCCAAAGUCACUCCAGUCAAGAGAACUGACGCGAUCCUUGUUCCCGCAUACAAAUUCCAACCGGGUGUGGACAUAUUUUACUCGCGUGUGUUUUAA